AUGUUCGACACCCACGACAACGCCCACGCGUACCAGGUCCGGUGCAAGAAGGUCGGAACGUUCUCCCUCCCGAUCCUCGUGGAAGAAGAUGGGGCCUCGCUGGAGCGGAACGGUUACAUGCCUCCCGCCAAGGACCCCGACAGCCUAAACAGGCUCAAGAUCGUCUACGGCGCCAUGCCGCCUCACCUCACGCCCGAGUAUGUGAAGACGGAGCGUUUCGUGAAGCAGCUCAAGAACCUUAUCCCCGCGCUGGAACAAGUGCUCGAGGCGACGGCCGAGGUUUCGGAGGUGGAGAGCGGCAAUGACGCAGACCGGUGGCGCCAGGAGAUCAACUCUCUCACGAAAGAGCUGGACGACCUCAUGUCGCGCGGGACUCCUUCCAAGAGGGGAGGAGGAGCGGGAGGCAGGAGCGCCGGGAAAGUGGCCAGGAUCCACGGACGGCGGUACGUGGCGUUCGUAGCCGGGGUGGAGACUUCAGGACGUUUGCCCGCAGUUGUCCUUCGGCGUCAUUGCCGUUUUGGUUCUGCACUCAUACAGAGGUCUGAUUGGCCGAAAAUCUUUGGUGACGGGGGUCCCUGACGAUAUCGCCGAGGUCGAGACUUGAGAGAGGAUUUU